AUGGCAACGGUCCACCGGGGCCUGAUGGUCCAAGAGAAAUGGGCCAACCUGUUCCUUUCAGGGAAAAAGACAAUGGAAGUCAGGACGUUCCACUGUCGUGUGGUGCAGCCACAGUCCGUCGUGUACCUCAUUGCUUGUGGUCAAGGAUGGGUGUUCACAGUUCUGUUAGUGAUCCAACCUAAACUGUUUGCUGUUUUUGUCGAUUUAGUCACACUGCUACACUGCUACACUUGUGUGUUGCUGUUGGAGCAGAUUCCCCAAACAGGAAAAGCUGCUGAUGGAAAGGCUUGUCUCAAGGUCGUGGGCAAACUGCGCUUUGAGGGCAACCAGCAAAUCAGUGACAGUGACUUUUCGAAGUAUCACACACAGCACCAGGUCUCACAGGCGGACUUCGCAAACUUCACAGGUACCUGGAAGAACUACAAGGGCUUUGUUGUUGGGUGGCAAUUUUCUUUGGAACAAGGUGCAUGGGUUUGCUUCGAUCCUGCGACUGCCAUCGAGGCCAAGGACAAGGAUGCUUAUUCUGUGGAGCUGAUGAAGCAGCUGAAACCUGGAUCUGUUGGCCAAGCAAACCAAUCCGGUCGGAAGCUCACCAAGAACGAUUCCGCUGCCUCAUCAACUGGAAUAGCCGCCGCUUUAGGGCAAGAGCUUGACAAAGGUGCUGAUCAAACAAAGAGUUCCACAGAGAACAGGAAUGCGCCGGGUCAACGCAGUAUGGAUGCCUUUGUCAGCGUCACCAAGGUUGAGCCUGGUAAGAACUCCUCAGUCACAGCAGAAGCCUGUGACAGCAGCGGCAGCCAGCCAGCUGUUGACGCUUCAAUCAUCACGGUGCAACCUGCCAGUGACUGUGAGGCUGCUGGCAACACUGCACCAACAGCAUCAGUAGCAGAGGCAGCAAAGGUGGAGGAGAAGAACAUAGACAAGGCCACAGGUGCCAGAGGGGCCAGAAGGGUACGGGUCUUCCCUGGGCCUUCAUUGCCAUUGGACUCCCACCCAGAUAGAGUACGAGAAUUUUUGGAGAAGUGGCAGAUGAGAUUUGGAGUGAGGGCUGGGGUGCGCUGCUUGCGUAAAACUACGAGGAAUCUACGACAUGUUGCAGUUGAUCCUGAGGAAACCAAUGCCCAUGAAGAGAAGGUAGAUCCUCCAACGGUGAUUGCUCCCACGCUUGCUGACCCACCGUCACUUGUCAGUGUCAGUGGUGGUGCUGCUCCUACCCUGGAUGUUCCAGCUUCUUGCGACGCUCCUAUUGGGCUAGGGCCUGAUUCCACGUGGGUCGCUGAUACUUUUCCUGAAACAGAGGCUGGGGUUGCUGCUCCUCAGGCUUCUGAGCCAGACUCUUCUGUGGCCCCUGGUGCCUCCAAUCAUUCCGUGGCUCCUUUGCCUGCCGACCAAUCCAUUCCUCCCACAGGUCAUACAGUGCCUGAUUCAGAGAAGGCGGUCACUGCUGCUGCGGACCGCAACCGGGGCAUUGUCAAAUCAUUGGAGGAGUCUAUGCAAUUCUGGGAGGAUUGUCUUUUCAAGCUCAAUGCUGAUGAGAUUGAGAGGUUGGUGGAUGCCUUUGCAGAAGACUCGAUGAGCACUGCCUUCUCAGGGAUUCUGGAAGCCCGAGAUCCAGAAGCUGCUGCCACAGUUCUGGACGCAGACAGUGUGCAAUAUGGAAGCGCGUGUGCACGGAUGCGCCAGUUCAUUGUGAUGAAGCAUCGCUUCAAGGUCUUGGCAGAACUAAGCCCUGCCAGCCGUUUCCUUCGCCGAUUUCACCGGGCAGUGUGCUACUCAUGGCGGGAACAUUUCUUUAUGAACACCCCGAUAGUGGAUGGAGUUAUCAAGAAUGAAGCGGAGGUUGAAUUGCGUUGGGCGAUGCGGCGGCCGACCUCACUGGCCCAUAGUAUGUGUGAAGAACCUGUCGACAUCAGAGAUCCCAAAGCCUUCCUGAAUGCCCUGACUGAGACAGAGACCAUGUACCUUCAGUCAUACAAAGCUCAACAUCCGAAUCAAUGCUAUAGCCUGAAUCAGGACCCUGACAGUGGACAUGGCAGCUGCUCUACAGACUGGUCGCUGCAAACAGUGAUCCACAAUUGCCACUUGAUGUUCUGUGACAGCAUGGAGCAGCCACGCUGGAUAUUUGGCACAGAAGUCUUGAUCUACGAGUCCUUUGGCAAGUUCUUUGGUGUUGGCAGACGCAGCAGCCUCAUGCCGCCGUCGAAGAGACAACAUCAACAAGAUCAGGCUGAGCACGCUGGACGUGCUAGCAGUGACCAGGACAAGAAAGAUGCGACACAUGAGAAGCAGCUCCAGGCAGGUGGUGGCCCUAACGAGACGCCACUUGUGGUCAGUGGCAUUCUCACCGGCUUGGACCCUGCGAAGGAUAAGGCCAAGGUCAUGCACAUCUACAACAAGGACGCAAACCACAGCGUGGAAUACCUGUUCGGCAGCUUGGAUGGAGCCCCUCUUGUGGAUGCCAUCCUGCAGUGGUUUGGGGACUGUGAGAUGGAGUUGCCAUGGUUCUUCACUGAUGAUUCAGACGGGUGUGAAGCGGUGAUGCAAUGGAAGACAGAGGAGAGAAAAUACCCACUUUUCUGUUUGGCUUUCAACCACCGAGCGGAAAGCUACUACCGGGCACAUGCAGAGAUGCCAGAGAACAUCUAUGUGUCAGCCGCAACUUCGAAGGGGUUGUCAAGGGUGCCAGUUUUGCAUCCAGGCACAUCUGACCGAAUCUCGUCCAAGUUGAUCAAGGUCAUGAACGAGUUUCAUCAGGGUUCUGGGACGAGCUUCGUUGAGGUGUUGGAUGAGGCACUAGCGCUCGAGGCGGCGUGGAAGCACCAUGCUACGACCUCCAGGCUCACGUCUCACAACCCACAGUAUGCGACGAUGCAGCAGCAGUACAUUCUCGCUGCCAGCCGAUCUGCGGAUUACUGCAACCUAUUUUCGUGCUGGGAGCAUGUGAAAGACAGCUUGUCAGUGAUCCACACCUUGAUCAGACUUGGUAUUCGCGAGCAAUUCGAACACUGGUGCAAUGUGAACGUAGAAUUCCUGGAAUCCAUGACGCCUUCCAAGAUCAUUGGACAAAUGCAUGCAAUCAUCCUGCUCAUCAUGGGUCACAUGCGUCGAUACUAUCCCAAGAACUUGCAGGCCAUGGUGGUUCUCGAAGCGUUGAAGUUCACUGUGGGACCCCCAGUUGAAUCCAAGGUUGUCAAGUUCGAGCCCAAGUGGGUGUUCAAGGAGGGCAGCACCGAGAACACCCGCCUCAUGAACUUGCUGAACCUGCCCAUGUUGAAGUCCGCUGUGGUUCGGAAGCUCACCUCCUCAUCAUCAAGUUCAGGUGGUACGCAAUCUCGAAACGGUGGUGUUGACAAAGACAGCUUGAAGAAGCGCAUCAAGCUGGAAUUCCAACAGGCUUUGGAUGCCGGGUCUCCUUCUGAGAAGAGUUCUCACAGUGAUGCAGGUGCCAAUGAGGAGAGAGAUCCAAAACGCCAACGGACCGAAUCAGCUGGCAAGGGUGAAUCCACAUCUGGCGCCAAGAACCUCCUCAAGCGCAUUGCUUUCAAGGGGUAUGACGAAAGGGAAAAGGCUGCCUACAACGUCAAUGUGCUCACCUUCCAACAAGAUGGCAGCAGACCCAUCACUGCCCUUGAUGACAUCUUGCGAGCUUUGCUGUUUGCUUGCCAAUUGAUCGAGGAUGAUGCCAACAAACAGCGUGACAAAGGUACCACUUCCUCCUCGAUUGCAGGCAAGGAGAACAAGAACAAGGAGAAGAACAGUAAGCCAGGCUUGGAGUUGAGUGGAGAUGACCGAGAUCCUGAGAAAGAGAUGGAAGACUUGGUGGAGAAGUACAAGCCUGCCCUGAGCUACUCAAUCAUGGUUUGGCUGAACUUUGCUUUUUGUGGUGAGACAGUCGUCAACUGCAAACUCUUCCGAGCCUACAGUCUCCUCCGAACAGAAUUGCAAGGAGUUGUUCUAAAGGCACAUGAGCAGCUGUCGUAUGAUCAACCCUUCCAAGAUGGUUCUUUUCCUGUCUCGGCGGGCUCCUCUGGCAUUGCAGACAAGCAGAAAGGCAAAAAGGACUCUCCUGAUGCAUCCAUUUCUGCUUUGAGACUGGCAGAAGUGCUUUGCAAGACCUUUUCCGGCGGAGAAGCAACGACUGUUGCAACAGAGAAUGAGGACGACGAAGAUGCUGCUUUGAACAGGAUCAUGAUGGUGAUGCAAAACAAGAAAGAAGAGAUCUUGCGUCCCAUGCAAAGGUUCUUGCAAGACUUCAUGCAUUUGCCACUGAUGCUCCACGCUGUUCCUCGCAGCUCCUUGGCUGAUCUAGCUGCUCUAGCUGCUUCGGAAGGGUCUGAGCCGGUUCUUGGUUCAGCGGCUGCCUGCGUGAGUACGAAAGACUUGACUCACGUCUUGUCCUUAAUCAAGAAGAACAUGGAGGAGUCGCUUCCAUUCACUUGGCUGGCCUUCGGCAUGGACAUUGUGGAGAUCUACACAAGCAGGGGGCAUUUUCCAUCUGGAACGCAGGAGGUCUUCAAGUCCAUCAAGCAUCUGGAGUCUCUCCUUUCCUUGAGGAGCAGAUAUGUGCUGACAGUCCUUAUCGAUGCAAAGGAUUCCUUCUCUACGUGGGGAAUCGACGUGCCCGCCAAUUUCCUCAAGCUGUUGGAGAAGUUGGGCUCAUUGAUGAAGAUGUUUCCGUCCAGCACUGGUGCAGUCAGCAGUCCUUCGUCAUCCUCAUCGUCAGAGCCUGAGGCCGCCGUCCAUUUGAUCACAGCCUUCGACAAUCUUCAGCCACCUUCAUCCUGGGUGCAGUCAUGGGUGCGCAUGCUUUCUUCUUGUUCAGACUUUGACGAGCUUUUGGAAUUCCUCGAGACGAAUACCGGGAUUGAGAGGAAGGCUGCAGCUGAGCAAAUCAAGAAGGAGACCAGCACUUCAACUCCACCAAGCGAUGUGCUUGUGCUUCACAAGGCUGAGUCUGACUCUCAGGAUGCCCAGGUCAAGGUCCAAGGAGCCCAAGAAGAAACAGGCGAUGUCGGAGUGGACACCACCAAGAAGCAGAAGCAGGAUGAACCGGCUGAUGACAAGUCUGGCGGCAGAGUUGACAUUGACACGAUCAACACAUUUGUGGGCAUGUCAGAGAAAGGGUCCACGUUCCUGCAGCACUCUGACCAUGCACGCAGUUUGGACAUGGACGAUGCGGAUUGUUUCAGUGCCCAGGGUCUCAAGGUGCUUGAGCACAAACUUACUUGCGCUUUGUGGAAGGCCUUUGACAUGUACUCAGUCCGGAACAACAGUGUCUUUGUGAACCUCAUGACGACGGACAACAAGAGCAGGGUUCAGGUGAAGCGUCCAGUGCCCUCAGAAUUGUGCCUUCCCUUUGCAGGACCAAUCACUCAGAAUCCGCAGGUCACGAAGGAUUCAAAGGGCUUCCACCUGUGCACUCUCUUCGGGGUUCCAUUCUAUGUCUCUUCACAGCCAGCUGAUGUGAUGUCACAUGAGGUCGUGGUUCCUGCUUGGGCUGUGCGCAAUGUGACAAAGGCAGAUCAAGCAUACUUCAUCCAAGAAUCAACUAAGGCUCAGCUGCUGCUUCUGAUCCCAGAUCACAUUUCUUGCCCUUCGCUACUUGAUGUUGAGGUGGUCUUUGUUGAUCCCAGCAUGCCUGAUGAGAAGCAGAACGCUCUGAUGGCGCCA